UUUUCACACACACUGAGCAUACACACAGACACAGAGCGUCUUUACUGUGGCGUACCUUUGAUCUGCUGGUGGCUUAAUAAUUGUUAUUGAGAUCGAUCUCCACUGCGUAUUACUUAUAAGGCGAAAGAGAAAUUCCUCCAACCAUCCUUUCAUCCCGAGUCAGCCCAUCCUGCGUGGCUUUGUCCAUCGCGAAAGCACAAAUUGGUCUCGUUAGCCAGUCAGUGGCGCAGUUGUCAAGCAGCGCAGUCUUCAGUCAGCAGUGUUACGCGUUGAAGAGCAGCUGGAGAAUUGAGGCCACACUGAUUUCCUUCGUUGGAUUGUGAAGAAGCAGGAGCGCCUUUUCCCGGAUUAACCAGUUCCUUCGGCGGGCGGGCAUCCAACAUGACGACGGACGAGGUGGAGCGCGCGGACAACGGCAGCGACGACUGCCCCGAGUGUCCCCUGUGCAUGGAACCCCUGGAUCUCGACGACAUCAACUUCUAUCCCUGCACGUGUGGCUACCAGGUGUGCAAGUUCUGCUGGCAUCGCAUGCGGACGGACGAGAACGGUCUGUGUCCCGCCUGUCGCCAAAAAUAUCCCGACGAUCCUGUGGAGUUCCGGCCCAUUGCCACCGAAGCGAUGCAGAGGUUCAAGAGUAAGAAGCAGCAGCAGCAGCGCGUCGGCCAGAAGCAGCGGAAGGACGGCGGCAACAAGGAGAAGCCCGGCGACCGCAUCAUCGACAGCCGCAAACACCUGGCCACCAUUCGCGUGGUGCAGAAGAAUCUGGUGUUCGUGAUCGGGCUGCCGGGUAAGCUGACGGAUCCCGAGGUGCUGAAGCGGCCGGACUACUUCGGCAAGUUCGGCCGCAUCCUCAAGGUGAUGGUCAACGUGCUGAACGCCAACGGGACGCCGGCCUCCUCGGCGUCGGCCUACAUCACGUACGUGCGCGCCGACGACGCCCUGCGCGCCAUCAAGGCCCUCAACAACUUCCACAUGGAGGGCCGCGUCCUCAAGGCCUCCCUCGGCACCACCAAGUACUGCGUCAACUUUCUCAAGAACACGCCAUGCAGCAAGCCGGAGUGCAUGUAUCUGCACGAUCUGGGCGACGGCGCGGCCAGCUUCACCAAGGAGGAGAUGCAGCAGGGCAAGCAUCAGGAGUACGAGAAGCAGCUCCUCGACGCCAUCUCCGCCACGACGGUCCCGUCCGUCGCGGCGCCGGUCAACGCCAACGCUAACAACGUCCCGGCGCCGGCGCCGCCGCCGAUCACCGUCGAGGCGCCGUCCAGUAAACCAAAUGCGGGAUCGUCCGAGGAGGCGGUGGUGGAGCGCGGCGGGAACCGGCGCGCGGCGACGCAGCCGGUGCCGCUGCAGCGCGACUCCUCGCCGUCCUGCUCCUCGUCGGCGUCGCUGUCCUCGUCCAGCGGCAGUCUCAAGUCCUCGUCGCAGUCCUGCGAGUCGUCCUCGUCGCAGUCGCACUCGCCGUCGGAGCCGUCGCGGUCGGAGCGCAACAGCCCCGCCGUGGCCUUCGACCUCUUCGGCGACACCUUCGAGGAGUUUGGCUUCGACCCGUGGAACGAGUCCUCCAAGGGCCUGGCCGAUCUGAUGGAGCUGGAGAGCCGGUCGCGCGGCACCUCGGCGUCGGUGGCGGUCGGCGGGGGGAUGGGCAGCAGCCCCUUUGGAGGCGGCCAGGGAAUGGGCUACAGUCAGAUGCAGCAGGCGUAUGGAUAUGUUGGCAAUCAUCAUGCGAUGGAGAUGAGCCAUACCACGGCGGCGGCGGCGUACGGGAUGAGCGCCUACGAGCAGCAGCAACAGGCGCUGUACAUGCAGCAGCAGCAGCACUACCGCCACCGCAUGAUGCAGCUCAACCGCAUGGAACAGCAGCAGCAACAACCGGAAAUGGUGCGCAAUCAGCUGGGGGAAUCGGCCAACUACGGGUACGGGAAAUGGGCGGCGGGCGCGGAUCCCGGGAUGAUGGGCUACCAACGCAGUGCGGCGACGCAGCGCCCGGCCUACCCCGACGGCGGCUACGUGAACCACAGCAGCAGCAGCGCCGCGCCGCAACAGUCGACGACCUUCUACAACCGGUCGGCGGGGAUGGGCGCCGGCGCCGGCGCGGCGGCCCCCGCGGGCGGCAGUCAGGGCGCGUACCCGCACUACCGGCUGACGGUGCAGUGACGGAACAGGAACAUCUUGGACAGGUUCAUUCAUUAUUCCUCGCGCUUGUGGAAGGAGGGGCUCGCGUUUUAACUAGCCACUGUGCAGAUUAUACACAAUCAACGGCUUCGUUUUAUUUUGGACAUACCCUGUUAAAUAUCGAAUCGGCGUUUUUUCACAAACAGAAUGGUGUUUUCUUGCGUGUUGCAUAGGCACACGCUCUAUACAUAGUAGUAACAAUCUUCAGUUUAUGCCUGCUUGUUCAGACUGUACACGUACGCCGGGCUCAACAGGCUCCCGAUCUGUGUGCGUACCGUUUUCUGUUUUCUUUUCGCUGGAGAUUUAUGGGCUCCUGUAACGCUUACACACCGUUGUUUCGCAAUACAAAAUGAAUGGCAUCUUUUG